AUGAAUAACUCAUCUUCUUGGAACUGUUUUAUAUGGAAUCGGAGAGAUGAAAAUUCAAAUAAAGAUGGCUUGCAAAAGAAAACACCGAAGAAGCAACAUCAAAAAGACGGGAUUCCUGAUGAGCAGUUUGCCAAUUUGCUUGGAGGCUCAACUCCAAAUAACUAUGAUUCUAUUUCGUACCAAGAUGCCAACCUAUCAACAUGUCGGGAUCUUCAUAAAGGCAUUCUUAACAAGGAUCAAGAAGAUGAGAUGUUCGUAUAUGGAUAUAAGAAAUCAACAUUUCGUUCCUUUUUAUGUUACUUAUGCAUUGGCCUAACAUUAGGCCUUAUGCGAUUAGUUAUGCAUUGGUGGAGUCACUGGCUACUUUUGGCGACACACAAACCAUGCUCCCUAGAACAAGCAGAAAAGGUGCUUGUGAAAGAAAAGUUUCAAGGCAAACAUGCUAUAUAUUAUGUUAAGAAUGUUGUAACAUUGACCUCAGAUAACAUCCGCGAAUCAAUAAAAAAUGCAGAUCUCAAUGAGUGUUUCAGUGAACGUUAUACAUCGAUGGACAACGAUUUUAAUAGGCAAUUGGAAAUUCAUUUAUCAGAUGGAAAAUUUCAACAGGUUGAAUCAGUUCGGUUCUUCAUCUGUAAAAAGCUUCGUUACAUUUGGCAUGUUGAUACAUCGAGUUUUGUAAAACUGAGAGGACUUGACGAAAAUGUUCCAAGUGUGACUAUUCAUAAGCAUAAAGGAAUUUCAGACUUGACAAGAAGUAUUCGACGAUUGGUUUAUGGAGAUAACAAAAUUGAUAUUGCAAUCAAGAGCUGGGUAGAAUUAUUAUUCCUUGAAGCAUUAAAUCCAUUUUAUGUCUUUCAAGUGUUUUCUGUCAUUUUGUGGUUUUCGUACAACUAUUACUACUAUGCAUGCGUCAUCAUCCUUAUGACAGCAUUCGGUAUAUUCUUCUCAAUACGUCAAACAUUAAAGAAUCAAAAAGCAUUAUAUGCGACAGUCUUCAGCAUUGAUACAGCAACUGUCGUAAAAGAAGACAAGAGUCCAGUUGUUAUGGAUACAAAAUAUUUAGUUCCUGGUGAUAUUCUUAAAAUACCAUCAUCUGGCUGUACAAUGCAAUGUGACGCUGUUUUAUUAUCGGGUAAUUGUAUCUUGGAUGAAUCAAUGUUAACAGGCGAAAGUGUUCCUGUAACAAAAACUCCUCUGCCAUGCAAAAAAGACUUGAUAUAUGACAUGAAGGAACACGCACGACAUACGCUAUUUAGUGGAACUAAAAUCAUUCAAACACGCUAUAUUGGUUCUGAGCAAGUCCUUGCUGUUGUUAUUAAUACGGGAAAUAUUACUGCCAAAGGUGCUCUCAUUAGAUCAAUUUUAUAUCCACCACCUGUUGAUUACAAGUUCGAACAAGACUCUUAUAAAUUUGUUGCGCUUCUCGCCUCUGUUGCUUUCGUCGGUUUUCUUUACACUGUCGUCACGAAGGUUUUCCGUGGAGUUGGCGCUUUGAAAAUUGCUGUAGAGAGUUUAGAUUUAAUAACUAUUGCCGUUCCACCAGCAUUGCCAGCUGCAAUGUCUGUUGGACGAAUGUACGCACAAAAGCGCUUAGAGAAGAAAAAUAUAUUUUGCAUUGCCCCGCGAUCUAUAAACGUAUCAGGCUCAAUAGAUUGCGUUUGUUUUGACAAGACAGGGACAUUAACAGAAGAUGGAUUGGAUAUGUACGGUGUUGUGCCUAAAACAGCAACAAAUUCCUUACAAAUCCCACUGAAACAAAUUGACAGAUUACCAUUUGAUCAUUUACUUUAUGGUAUGGUUACAUGCCAUUCGAUAACUUUAAUGAAUGGGGAAAUGAAAGGAGAUCCAUUGGAUUUAAAAAUGUUUGAAUCAACUGGCUGGAAAUUAGAGGAAGCGAAUGUUUCUGACGAUACAAAGUAUGAUUUAUUAUUUCCAACUGUUGUUAAGCCACCGACUAAUAAUUCAAAGGGCUCACAGCCACAUUUACUAAUGCAAAGUCCGCCGUCUGAAACACAGCUUGAUAAUUUGGACAUUAACUCGCAUGACAUUGGUAUUGUUCGUGAGUUUUCAUUCACGAGUAGUUUGCAGCGAAUGGCUGUAAUUACACGUAAGCUCACUGAUAGACAUUUUAAUGUUUAUUGUAAAGGAUCACCGGAAAUGAUAGCGACAUUAUGUCGUCAAGAUACACUCCCGUCAGAUUUCAACGAGAAAUUAAAUUAUUAUGCUCAACAAGGAUAUCGUAUAAUUGCUAUGGCAUACAAACCGCUGGAGAAGAAGUUGACCUAUCCAAAAAUUCAGCGAAUUUCACGAGACAAAGUUGAAGCUGAUUUGGAAUUUUUGGGUUUUGUCAUUUUGGAGAAUCGAUUAAAACCAGAUUCAGAGAAAGUUAUUAAAAUCUUAAAUGACGCUUGCAUUCGAACAGUAAUGAUUACAGGCGACAAUAUUUUGACAGCUGUGAGUGUGGCGAAGGAUUGUGACAUGAUACUCGAAGAUCAAAGCAUCAUAAUCGUAAAUUCUCGAUGGAUAACUGACGAUGAAGCAGAACUCUUUUAUACACUUGAAGGACAUUCCACAUCGGCAACAGCAACAAAUAAUAUGAACAUGGUGAAAACGCCGGCAUCAAUUGAUUUUGUUGAUGCGGGUUCAGGCGAUGGAAAGUAUAAGAUUAUGACAAAUAGUAAUAGUGCGAGCAGUUUGGCAACGGUCGAAACAAAUACAUUUUCAAAUAAUCUUCAACGUGAUGCUGAGAAAGGCGGACCAUUAACAUUCAAUACGAAGAAAAGGAAUUUCUUUUCAAAUGACAAUAAUGAUAAUGAUUAUCGUUUAGCACCGGAAUUGCCAUCAAAUCGAUAUCGUUUUGCUAUGGACGGUAAAACAUGGGCAAUCGUUCGUGAAUAUUAUCCAGAUUUAUUACCCAAGUUUGUGACACGUGGAACGAUUUUUGCUCGAAUGAGUCCCGAUCAAAAAAUGCAAUUAGUCACAGAACUACAAGACCUCGGAUAUUAUGUAGCCAUGUGCGGUGACGGAGCUAACGAUUGCGGUGCUUUAAAAGUAGCUCACGCUGGAAUUUCUUUAUCUGAUGCUGAAAGUUCUGUUGCAUCACCAUUUACCUCAAGAGAUCGUACUAUUAAUUGUGUCCCGGCAAUUAUCCGUGAAGGACGAACGGCUCUGGUGACUUCAUUUGGAAUUUUCAAAUAUAUGGCUGCUUACUCAUUGGUUCAAUUUACAUCAGUCAUUAUUCUCUAUGGAAUUGAUUCAAAUUUAACGGAUAUGCAAUUUCUGUACAUAGAUUUAUGUAUGAUAUCAGUGUUUGCAUUUUUCUUUGGAAAAACGGAAUCGUUUGAAGGACCUUUAGUGAAACAAACCCCAUUAAAUUCAUUAGUAGCUUUAAGUCCCGUUGUGUCAUUAAUGCUUCAUCUUAUUGCAUCAAUUGGUAUUCAAAUUUUCGGAUGGCUUCAUGUCCAAACAUACGAUUGGUUUGUGCCAUUUGAGUAUGAGGAGACAGGAUCAAUUAAUGUUGAAUCAUUGGGAUGUCAUCAGAAUUACACAAUCUUUGUUAUAUCAUGUUUCCAGUACAUAACAUUAGCUAUUGUCUUUAGUAAAGGCGCACCAUAUCGCAAGACAAUAUUCUCAAAUCGUGGAUUUUUGAUAGCUCUCGUAAUCAACUUAUUAAUCACAUGCUAUUUAGGAUUAUAUCCUGCAAAUUGGACAAUUAGUUUUAUGCAAAUGGUAGCACCUCCUAAAGACGUUCUUUUGAGUUUUGGAAUAAUUUUGGUAUCAAUUGGAGCUAUUAACUUUAUUAUUGGAAUCUUCAUUGAAGAAGUAAUUGUUGAAUACAUAUUAUUUAGGAAACUACGCUAUCGAUUUCAUAACAUAGAGAAAUCACAUAAGAAGUUCCUUUCAAUUGAGAACUAUCUACGAUUAAAUACAAAAUGGCCAACCUUGAGCUUAUAUAAUAAUCAAGAAAAUAAUUCACCAUCAGAUGAUGAUAGUAAGAAUCAAGGUGGAAAUAGUGGAGCGAGUAAAGGUGCAUCUACUGGACAUGAUGAUGAUGACGAAGACACUUCUCCAAUGAGCUAUGCUGAAAUUUCGAUUGAACCCGUUGAAGACGAUGCAGUUGUCUUUGAUCGCAAUAGCUCAAUUUUGAAUAGUUUCUUCGAGCGUGAACGACAGCGAUUAGCAUCAAUUAAUCGUGGAACUGAUCAAAAAAAUGUUGAUGAUAAUGACAAUGUUUUCGGAAAUGCGGUGAACAACGACAAUUUACCGAUUCGUAGAAAGAAUGAACAAUUAAAGAGAGAAUAUUUAGAGCUGAAAAUUGCAGAUCCUGCGAAGCCAUUUGCUAAUGACUUCAUGGAAGGGUCAUUCAUGAGCACAAGUGAUAAUAGUAAUAAUAAGCAAGAAGAAGAGAAGAAAGAUGUAGAACUACACAAUAUGCCCUCAUCAAAAACAUGA